AUAUUCGUGGGUUAUCACAGUUCAGCAAAUCGGUGAAAAAGCAAAAAGGCGAUCGAAGGUACGGGAAGCGUUAGUCUAUUUAGACUCCUCUAAGUGACAACAUGUCUACGGCCCUUGUCUCCGCGUUUUAUGACGUGAACGACGUGUUAUACAAGAAUAACAGAAAUCUCGGCUUGGCGUUUGAGCAAAGACCACGAAGUGAAAGGAAACCAUUGCCUAUAGGCCAGCCGCGAAGACACUCGACUUCUGUUUCAAGCUCUCGCUCCUCGCCGAACCUGAUCACGUUGACGGGUUCCCCAAACAAACGAGAACGCGCAUUGAGUUUGAGUGCCGAAGAGGAGCGCAGACGAACCAGUUCAAACUCCAGCCGGUACAAGACCGAACUUUGUCGCCCUUUCGAAGAGAACGGUACUUGUAAGUAUGGAGACAAGUGUCAAUUCGCUCACGGUGUUCACGAACUGCGCUCACUUAGUCGCCAUCCUAAAUACAAAACUGAAUUGUGCCGCACAUUUCACACGAUCGGGUUCUGCCCUUAUGGGCCGCGAUGUCACUUCAUUCACAAUGCAGAAGAACGAAGGGCUGCGCAAAUGAUGAAUGGUGCCCGAAUGUCUCCGCCAUCGCAACUCAUCGGUCCACCUUCGCCGCCACUCACAGAGCCAAGCUCGCCAUUACCGACUUCUUUAACUCCACCUUCUCCAUCUCAGCUCUCCUUCUACAACGAUGAUAGCCCAUUGGGAAGCCCUAUCAACAGCCCGUUAGCGAUUCCUUCUCCCGCUUCAAACAAUGUCUUUACCUUCCCAUCACAAGCUCAGGAUUUCUCGCCUGUUCUUUCGCCGACCAUGGCAAGCCCUCCAGGAGUGUUCUCGCCUGGGUUAGAGCUGAACGAAGACGAUGACUUGGACGAAGAUGAUGAAAAUCUUCCCCCGACGCCGCCAGACUCGUAUGAUUUGGCUAGCCGAAGGCGCUUGCCUGUGUUCAACAGAAUGUCCGUGCCGGAAUAAGGUUGUAAAAAUUGGCUUUUAGUAGUUUAACGUUUGUACACAAGAUUUGUAAUUUAACAUUUAAAGACUGAUCAAGUCAACAAAACGCUGGAGAAUCAGUUAUUAUUUUCACGUCAAAAUAGGGCACACAAGAAUAUACAUAUACAUAUAUUAUAUUAUAUAAUUAACCAUAUUUUUAUGAUCGGGACUAAAGCACAGAUUUAUAUGCAUCAAGCAGUUUCUAUAGGUCCUAUAGCUUAUUUAUCGAAGAAAACAGAAAGAAAAUUAUCGACGGAAUUGCUAGUGUUAAACACGAAAUUCCUAAGUGUAAGUUUUUCGUACACGUUUUAUAUUUGGUCAAUAAUUACCACUGUAUAUUGUAAAGCCUGUGAAUAAUGGAAGCUAAAAUUAUAUUGUCGACGUUUUUUUUUUCUUUUACCUCUUUCAAUUCCUAUCUAUUUAAUAUAUUAUUUAUUUAACUUAUAAUACCAAGCGAUAAGUUGCUAUUUUGUUACCGAAUUUUGAAUCAAAAUCCAUUAAUUUUGUUACAGUGAGGUAGAGAAAUGAGAGAAGUAAUUUCUUAAUAUAUAGCCUAUUUACAUGGUCGUAAUUUAAACGUAGAUAAUUUAUAAUCGACUUGCAUAUUUGGGAGUGUUAUGUGCACGUCUGAUUCAAAACCGAAGUUGUUUUUGAAAAUAGGAACGUCUUUUUGGAAAGCGAUUCAAUAAAUGUUCCUUUAAAUUUUGU